GACGAAAACAACAGCAGCAACGGUCUUACCGGAGGCUUACCGGAGGAAUAACGGAGGGUUAACGGAGGAAUACCGGAGGAAUAUCGGAGCCUUAACACACAUUAUCUCUCUGUCAUCGCGUCUUUUGUCUCAGAGACACGAUGGCUGAGCAGAACACGGAGGCCAAGCUGAAGAUCCUUCUGAAGCAGGAGAAGAUCCAGCUGUGGAACCCGCCGUACACCGAUGAGCAGAACCAGCCGGGAACCCAGCACAUGAAGGAGCUGGUGGAGCGUUACGUGCCCAUGCUGCUCCUGCCGGAGGACGAGGUAGGAGGCGCUCUGGAGUCCAUCAGAGUUCAGGCUCUGAAGAGAGGAAACAGGAACAAAACGUUCAGAGAAACUAACGUUGCAACGCUGGAGCUGCUGCUGCCCCGAGACACCAAGAAGGAUCCGAAGAUGAAGAACUUUCUGGAGACGAGGCUGGACGUGCUGGUUCAGGAAGUGGUGGACAGGAUCGGAGACGAGUACGGACUCAAAUACAUCAAACUGAUCCUGAACGGCAAAACGUUGUGUGCAGACCAGCGUCUGGACCAGCAGGGCGUAAAGAACCACAGUAAGAUGAUGGUGCUGAAGGUGAGCGACGCCGAGUGGAAGCAGCAGCUGAGCGAGGAAGAGGAGAAGAAGAAGAACGACAACGAGAGCAUCCAGAGAACCCAGAGAGGUUUCCAGAUCCUGUCAGAGAGAGACGGCAGUGAGGAUCCUCACACGGCUCCUUUCCUAGAGAUCGCUGAUCAGAAAGGAAAUCCUCUGAAUAUCCCUCCUAAAGAGAAGAAGGCUCUGAUCCUAGCGAUGGGUCUCCAUGAGAAAGGUCGCUCUCUGAUGAAGAGGAAGCAGCACGAUAACGCUCUGUGUCACCUGCUGCAGGCCGACCAGCAGUUCAGUAAGUGUGGCUCGGCCCUCCUCAGCUCGGUGGAUAACUUUGCGGUGCUGCAGCUGGACAUCGUGUGGUGCUACCGAGCUCUGGAGGCGUUGUCGUGUCUGGAGGACGGCCGCAGUCGUCUGCAGAGAGCAGAGGAAUGUUUCCUGCAGUGUUACGGACAGCAGCAGCAGAGACUGAUGAUGAUCAAGGGUAACACAGGCAGAGAGGAGGUGUUGUUCCUGCGGCUGUACCUCCUCCAGAGUCUCCUCUCCUACCUCGAAGGAAACGACGCUCAGGCUCGGCAACAGCUGUCCAAAGUGGAGUCUCUGUAUGGACGUCUGGCUCUGGACUCUGAUAAAAUGGCUCAGCUGAUGUCGUUGGGAUUCACGGAGAGAGAAGCUCGACUGGGACUCAGAGCCUGUCAGGGAAACCUGGAGGAGGCUGCGAUCCACAUCAGCAACCAGAGACAGGAGCGAGACGAGCUGAAGGACAGGGAGAGGACGAAGAGGAGGAGGAGGAUGGAGGCGAUCUCCACUCUGACAGGGUUUGGAUUCUCCAGGAGAGACGCAGCCAAAGCUCUGCACCACGCUGACGGAGACGUGGACGCAGCGUACGGAAUGCUGCUGGACGGUCAGACGGCUCAGACCAACAACAACACAGAGGAGCCAAUCAGUGCAGAGAAGCUGGAGCAGUUGAUGUACCUGGGCUUUGAGUGGGCGGUGUCUGAAGCUGCUCUCAGAUUGACGGGUGGAGACGUCCAAUCAGCGACUCAGCUGCUGUUGGAGAAUCGUGGCGUUCUCUCCCCGGAGCUGCUGUCCGUCUCUCCUCCCUCCACCUCCUCCUCCUCCUCCUCCCCCUCCCCCGAGGAGCCCAGCACCUCCUCCAACUCCACAGAGAACCAGGAGCUGGUGAACGACGUGCUGAAGGACAUCUCUCGUCAUGAGGAGGAUUAUCUGGACCUGACGCUGGAGGAGGAGAGUCAGCUGAUCGCCACCAUGAAGACCUACCUGAGCCGAGGCUCCACACACACUGUGUGACACACAAUACACACAUAAUACACACACACACACACACACACACAUGCAGUGCUUCAUCUGUCCUGUUCACCAUUUAAAGCAACAUAAUGUUAAUUUCUGCUUUCAAAGAUACAUUUCACAGUGCCAAAAAUAUGAAACACACACACAUACACACACACACACACACACACACACAACACCUCAACAAUAAUGAGACUUCCUGUUCAUUUCCACGUUCACACUCAAAGAUAACGUUUUUAUUUUAUAUGAUACAUUUUAUUAUGAGUCAGACGACGUUUGUGUUGUUAAAGUUUUUCUCUGACGUUUUUCUUCUUCAGCAGCUUUUAGAAACGUUUUAUUUCAACUCUUUAAAGUUUAUUUCAUGUCGUCUGUUUGAAUCUGGAUUGAAAAUAAUUCUCCAAAGAAAAUCAUCAGAUCUGAUUUCAUGUUUUUUUAUUUUGAAGCAAAGAAGAAGUUUUUCUAGCAGCUGCUGUUAGUUUGUUUUCUUUGUUCUCUCAGCAAUAAACAAACAGUUUCAUAUUGUUCAUUUCAACUUUAAACUGGUUUCAUGUUGAUGACACAAUAAAAAGAACAUGAAGGUU